AUGGUGAACGUUGAGUUGACCUGCCGGCUCUUUAAAGAUGUUGAAGAAAAUUCUAAAGAAUUCACUGUUGUUGUGCAUAUCACUGAUUAUAUUGAUGAUCUCAAAGUGAAAAUUUACGAAAAAGUCAAAAAGACAAAUAACGAUUUCCUUGAGAUUGAAGCUGAUGAUUUAAGGUUGUGGAAAGUGGAAAUCGAUAAUAAUAGGAAUACGAGAUUACAGCUCGCAUUUAAAGAUAAAAUUGUCCAUGAAGGUGAUGAAGUUAAAUACAGAACUAAUAAUAUCACCGAAGCUAUUACUACUUUAAGAGUAGCGGAAGGAUGGGCUUAUAUUAAUUACGAAAAAUUUUUUCAUUUUACUGUAACCUCCUUUUUGAAGAAAAAAUUGGAUAUAAGUGGUAUACUUCUUGAAUGCGAUCAGCUAUGA